AUUACCCACUGCCAGUAACAAUUAUAAUAUCAAACGCCAUGCUCAACUGGAAUUGUUAAUCUCUCCGAAAAUGAGAUUUUAGAAGCAUUUGCACUUCGAUGGCGGUCCCACGCAUUGUGUAGGAGCAAGUCCAACCUGUCGAGUUCUGUUAUUUAAUUAACCUGUUGCUUGCAAUCGAUUUUGGCAGCUGCACUGGGAGUGUGCCCCUUUAGUGAUUGAUUCUGACUGUGUUCAAGGGAUUCCAAUCCGUGCUGCCAUUGCUGCGGAUGAGGAGCAGAAGUUAGCGGGAAAUCGGCUCCCCCGAUUAGGUUUGCACUGUUGAUUGACUCUCAAGAUGGGAGAUCAGAACGUCGGGCACCACACGUUAGAUGAAGCGAUUUCCACUCUAGGGUUCGGGAAAUUCCAAAGUCUCGCUAUAGUCUUUGCUGGAAUCAGUUGGCUGUCAGAAGCCAUGGAAAUUACUCUGCUCUCCUUCAUCGGACCGGCGGUUAAAUCGGAGUGGUCACUUUCCCCCACCGAAGAAAGCCUACUGUCGACUGCAGUCUUCGCCGGAAUGCUCGUCGGAGCAGUUUUUUGGGGCUUGAUAUCAGACGCCUACGGUAGAAGAAAAGGAAUGCGAGGCGUAAUCGUAGUGAUAACCGUUGCAGGAGUUCUCAGUGCUCUUUCCCCUGACUACAAAUCACUUAUAGCAAUCCGCUGUAUUGUCGGAUUCGGCGUUUCUGGUGGACAUGUAUAUGCUUCUUGGUUUCUCGAGUUCGUCCCCAGUGUGAACAGAGCUGCUUGGACGCUCGCUUUGACAGGUUUCUGGAUUAUCGGAGAAUUGCUCGAGGCAUUACUCGCAUGGAUCAUCAUGCCAAGGCUCGGGUGGAGAUGGCUACUUGCUCUUUCUUCAGCCCCGGCAUUAAUUACCCUGAUGAUCACUCUCACGCCUCUCAUACCAGAAUCUCCCAGAUUCUUAUUUAUUGAAGGUAGAACGAAUGAGGCUAUGGAUAUUCUAAAGAAAGUAGCACGUAUCAACCGGAAAGAGCUCCCCGCAGGCCGUAUUCACGUUGCCAAUCAGAGCACUUUUGAAGUAGAGAGCAUUCCUUCCGACGAGGCUAUUCUUCUUGCCCCAACCCAGAAGAAGGCAAACCAUCUGCAAGUGUUCACCAACACCAUGUUCGAGCUUUUCUCGAUCAAAUUGCUUAGAACCACUCUGCUGCUGCUGCUGCUGCAUUUGGGAUACACAUUUGCAUACUAUGGGAUCAUGCUGAUGACAUCAUCGAUGAGCAGCAACCAAACUGCUUGUGACUCACUGAAUGUAGUUUCUGCAAGUGCCGAGGACACGAAGCUAUACACCACUGUGUUGAUCGCUUCUUCUGCAGAAAUUCCGGGGCUGUUUAUAGCGGCAUUUCUCGUAGAAAAAAUAGGCCGUAAACGUAGCAUGGAAACCCUGACGUCCCUCGCAUUGAUCUCGCUCCUACCAUUGAGUGUCCGCCUAAACGAUAUAAUCACUACGGCACUGCUGUUCUGCGCACGUAUGCUGAUUUUCAGCACAUUUUCUUCGCUUAGCGUUUACGCGAAGGAGGUGUAUCCAACUUCGAUAAGAGCCAGUGGAUCGGGACUUGCGACGGCGGUGGGACGAAUAGGCGGGAUGGUGUGCCCAUUGGUGGCCGUGGGACUGGUGAGGGGAUGCCAGCAGGCACUUGCUGUGGCUGUGUUUGGAAUUGUUAUACUGGUUUCAGGAAUCUGUGUUGUGUUCUUCCCUGUGGAGACGAAAGGAAGAGCUUUGGCAGAUACUGUCGAAGAUGAGGAGUAGAAUUUUUUCAAUGUUGUCGUUUAUGAUUGUUAUUAUCUUCAACUGCCAUUUAAGAUUAGUUCCUUGUUUGAGAGAACUAUGUUUCUGUGGA